GAGAGUAACGUGUUCGCGUUAGCUUUGAGGAGCUCUGAUGGAGGAGCGGGGUCAGCUGGUGUGUUUAGUUCACGUCCCGCUCGUCAGCCGAAUGUUGGAGCCUCUUUAGCCCGCAGGAAGAGAAGUUGUUUCCCCCUCCGGUUGUCAGAACACCGAAGCGGCCCAUGUUGGCGAGGAGGCGGCGAGGCUCUGCGUGUCUUCAGGAGUCCAUCCCCGGCUGACAGCUUGGAGCUAGCCCCCGGUUAGCCUAGCAGCUAACUUAGCACGACACACCAGGACGCAGUAAGGUGAAGACCAGUGUCGUCAACCAUGGCCGGUGGAAUCACAGAGUCCGGGGAACCCUACUCCGCAUUCGUGGGCCUGGUGUAUAUGUUCAACCUGAUCGUGGGAACCGGAGCUCUGACGAUGCCCAGGGCCUUCGCCACCGCCGGUUGGGUGGUCAGCUUGUCACUCAUCGCCUUUCUAGGAUUCAUGAGCUACAUGACGACCACCUUCGUGAUUGAGGCGAUGGCGGCGGCCAACGCUCAGCUGCGCUGGAAGAGGAGGGAGCAGGAGCAGAUCGACGACAGCGACUCCACCUCUGAGUAUUCGGACGACGACGUCGUGGCCCGAGGUCGAUCCGAGCCGGAGACGAAGCCCAUCUUGUCCGUUCGUGAGUGUCAACAAGUGUUUCAAAAGAGGUCAGGACGGGAUCACGCCGAUCACUUUGACAUCGCGGAGCGGGUGGAGAUGGGUCAGAUGGCCUCCAUGUUCUUCAACAAAGUCGGCGUCAACAUGUUCUACAUCUGCAUCAUCGUCUAUCUCUACGGGGACCUGGCCAUCUACGCAGCAGCUGUGCCUAUAUCACUGAUGGAAGUUGCCUGUGGAAACCACUCGUGCAGCGCCGGGAGUGUCAAGUACAACGACACGGACCCGUGCUGGGGCUCCGUCACGAGGAAAGAUGCCUACAGGGUGUUUCUGAGUGCGUUCACCGUCAUGUUGGGGCCUUUCACCUUCUUCAACGCUCAGAAGACCAAAUAUCUUCAGAUCCUCACCUCAUUCAUGCGCUGGAUUGCCUUCACCAUGAUGAUCAUUCUGGCUCUCAUCCGCAUCAGUAAAGGCACCGGUGAGGGUCGCCCGCCUGCCGCCUCCUUCUCCGGCGUGCCCAACCUGUUUGGGGUGUGCGUCUACUCCUUCAUGUGCCAGCACUCGCUGCCCUCCCUGGUGACGCCCAUCUCUGAGAAGAAACGCGUGGGCAGCCUGGUGCUGGCCGACUACGUGCUGAUCCUGGGCUUCUACGUCCUCCUCUCGUUCACUGCCAUCUUCUGCUUCGACAGCGCGCUGCUGCACGACAUGUACACGCUGAACUUCACGGACAACUGCGACGUGCUGGACAUUCCCGUGCUGCGCUACUUCCUGGGCUUGUUCCCGGUGUUCACCAUCAGCACCAACUUCCCCAUCAUCGCCGUGACGCUCCGCAACAACUGGAAGACCCUGUUCCACCGGGACGGCGGCACCUACCCGUGGGUGGUGGACCGCGUCGUCUUCCCCCUCAUCACCCUGGUGCCGCCGGUCGUGGUGGCCUUCUGCACCCACAACCUGGAGUCCCUGGUGGGCAUCACAGGAGCGUACGCCGGCACGGGGAUCCAGUACAUCGUGCCGGCCUGCCUCGUUUAUUACGGCAGGCGCCACCUGGAGCCCGUGGUGGGCAGAGACGCCAUCAACAAGCACCGCUCGCCCUUCCGACACGCCUUCUGGGUGUGGUUUGUCUUGGUGUGGGCCGCCUCCUGCCUCAUAUUCGUCACAGCCAACAUUAUCCUGACUGACACCAAGAAAUGAGAACUCAAUGUUCCCAAAACUUUCCCCCCUCCUAAAAAAAAAAAAAUCUGUUUGGCCAGUGUCUUUGUUCAUGUACCUGAGGCCUUACCUGCUGCUGGUUGGACAGUGUUCCCCCUUUUUAUGGGACUUUUUUGUUGCAUAAAUUAAAUGUGAUCCAGAGUAAUUUAUCAAAUUGGUUGAAAGGGACCAAAUAUGUCAAGUGCAUGAAAAAUUAUUAAAAGGGAAUUUAUUAAAAUAUAUCUUUUGUCAACAAACACCUGAGUUUGUCUAAUGACACAAGCUUGUCAGAUGAUCAGUCUGGAAAGUUUCACCGCGCCUCACUCACAUCCCGAACUGUGGAAAAGUUGAAGAGUGCCGAGGUUCUGAAUGAUCCACUGGACCUUCGCUGCAGAAUGUUCCAAUAAAAAUAUAUAAGAGCGAAAUGGAAAGAGCCGAGUAGCGACGAGGGAGAAAAAAAAGGAAAAGAAGAGCCUGUCACAUCCAGACUCGUCUGUCGCUGCGUAACUGCUCGGCAUCGACGCGGCUCGAUAAUGAAACUGGAACAGAAACGAACACAUCGGGUGGAAGAUAAGUCUUUUCUCGCGGCUGACACGCUGCCUUGAUCUCCUCGUUCCUCCUCCUGAACAAUGACGCCCCUGUCCGUGAAGGAUCCUCCAGGAGUCCCUCAUCUGUCUUUUACUCCCCCCCCCCCCCCCCCAUGACUUUGGCAGGCUCGUACUGUAUCUAUCACACAUCCCCCCGUCACCUGACAAGUUAAUCAUGAUGUACAGUGCUUCAGCUUCGCCUUUGGGGGGGGGGGGAGCCCAUCAGUGACCCCAAAGUGAAGACUCCGCAGCUUCGCUGGUGUGAUUUAGUUCAGUGAUGCUGAUUCCACGGACACGUUGAGGCUGUGCCCGCACACUUCCAUCUCUGUCCCAACUAAUGGUUCCGUCUCUCCGGUUUUCCUAAUUCGUGAAGUACCUCGGUAUAUAAAGCAGAUUCUAUUUAUCAUCUUUGGUGGAAUUUACAGUGGAGGUUGCAUGAAGUUCAUUCCUGGUUCUCUCAGUGCCCAGAUCCUCCCAACGUGCUAACAUCAGCGUCCGGUAGAGAAACGGGCAAAUGUUUUGUUUGUGUUUACUCGCGCAGGUAAAUAUAAAUGAUCCGGCGGCCAAACUCGGUACGAACGGCCUCGAUGUGGCUCGGCGUGGAUUCCGUUGAGUGCGCCGACGGGGGAUGGAAGACAGUUCCUUGAAAAAGGUACUGCUCUGACAAAACAGACAGGCACUCACACGAAGGAAGUCUGACGCAGGGAAGAUGGUCUGAUAAGGAAAAUAAAACAGAACUGUACACGAAGAACAUAAACGGGAACAAAUGCAGAUAUUUGCACAGGAAACAAACUGGAUUUAACGUUGUUCUCUCUGUUAUAAGGGUUUAAAUAACCGUCGGAGGCAAAUAUAAGAGCGUGUGCGCGUGUGUGUGUGUUGUGUGAGAGAAUGAUUAGAUAUGAAGAAUGUGGAAUGAGAUUCUGACAGCUCUUGUCACGAGUUGUAUGAAAUGUGCCUUUCUUUCUUUUCUUUUUUUUUAAACGGGUUAAAAGCUUGUCGACCUCGUUGUUUCUCAUCAUCUGGUGAGAAGCAGCUUGCGUGACGACAUUUCAUUUAACUGACAAUCUCCGACUGUCCCCAAACAAACUUUAUAAUUCUGUCUUUGUUUGUUCUUUUGUUUUGUUUUUCUCUCUCUAUGAUUUUCAGUUCAGUUUUUUUCACUCCUCUGUAUUUUUGACACUUUGUUUUAUUUGACAAUCAGUCGAAGCGGCCUGUGACUCUCAACGGCCCCAAUGUUAUUAAUGUUAUCUUAGAUUUUUUUUAUAUGAUUCACAAAGAAAAUAAAGUCUUCAUGUUCACCUGAA